AUUCAAUCCUCGUUUUUUCUUUCCUUUCCUGUUUCGUUCAAGAAGCUCUGCAGCAACGACGAAGAAGGAGGACAAGGAGAAGGAGAUUCAAAACAACAAGGACAAGAAUGGCUGUUGUUGCCGCCGCACCGGGCGGCGAUUCACUGAGCGCGAGAGCAGCCACCAUGAGAGAGUCACUGCAAAAGAGCCAGACCAUCACUGACAGCGUCGUCUCAAUUCUUGGCUCCUUUGACCACCGCCUCUCCGCCCUCGAAACCGCCAUGCGUCCUACCCAGAUUAGGACGCAUUCUAUUCGGAAAGCUCAUGAGAACAUUGACAAGACCUUGAAGGCUGCUGAGGUUAUAUUGGCGCAAUUCGAUCUUUCUCGUCAGGCCGAGUCAAAGAUACUGAGAGGGCCUCGUGAGGACUUGGAAAGUUAUCUAGAAGCAAUUGAUCAGCUAAGAAGAAACAUACGGUUCUUUAGUAGCACAAAAGGCUUUAGGAGUAGUGAUGGAGUUAUCAGUGAUGCAAAUGGUUUGCUUGCUAAAGCUAUUUCAAAGCUGGAAGAAGAGUUCAAGCAGCUGUUAUUGUCUUACAGCAAACCUGUGGAGCCUGAACGCCUUUUUGAUUGCCUCCCAACCUCAUUGCGGCCAUCCUCAGGAUCUCCUGGGAAUCAGGGUGAUUAUGGUGGCAAGAAUCCUUCAUCCAAUAACCAUCCUGAACACCACAACAGUAACCUAGAAAAUGCUGUUUACACACCUCCUGCUUUGAUACCACUACGGGUUCUUCCAUUGUUACAUGAUUUAGCCCAGCAAAUGUUUCAAGCUGGUCACCACCAGCAGCUGCUAAUAAUUUACAGGGAUACCCGUUCUUCAGUUUUGGAAGCAAGCCUCCAUAAAUUGGGGGUCGAAAAACUUAGCAAGGAUGAUGUUCAGAAAAUGCAAUGGGAGAUUUUGGAGGCCAAGAUUGGGAACUGGAUUCAUUACAUGCGUAUAGCUGUCAAAUUACUCUUUGCUGGAGAACGGAAAGUUUGCGAUCAAAUUUUUGAAAGCUUUGAUUCUCUCAGUGACCAUUGUUUUGCUGAAGUUACCAGAAGUAGUGUUUCAGUUCUACUUAGUUUUGGGGAGGCAAUUGCUAACAGCAAAAGAUCUCCGGAAAAGUUAUUUGUACUUUUAGACAUGUACGAGAUAAUGCGGGAGCUUCACUCAGAGAUUGAAACGAUCUUCAUAGGUAAAGCUUGUGCUGAAAUUAGAGAAUCAGCUUCAAGCUUGACAAAAAGGCUUGCCCAGACCGCAAAAAGUACCUUUGGGGAUUUUGAAGAAGCCGUUGAAAGGGAUGCAACGAAAACUGCUGUAACUGAUGGCACUGUCCAUCCUUUGACAAGCUAUGUGAUCAACUAUGUGAAGUUUCUUUUUGAUUACCAAUCGACAUUGAAGCAACUUUUCAAAGAAUUUGAAAAUGGAGAUGAAGGUGGUUCACAAUUAGCUGCUGUCACGAUGCAAAUAAUGCAAGCUCUUCAAACCAAUUUGGAUGGGAAGUCUAAGCAGUACAGAGAUCCAGCUUUAACUCACCUAUUUCUCAUGAAUAAUAUUCACUAUAUGGUCAGAUCUGUGCGGAGAUCUGAAGCCAAAGAUUUGUUGGGGGAUGAUUGGGUGCAAAGACACCGGAGAAUUGUUCAGCAGCAUGCAAACCAAUACAAAAGAAAUGCUUGGGGAAAGAUUCUGCAGUGCCUCUCCAUCCAAGGCUUGACAUCAUCUGGAGGUGGUAGUUCAGUAGCUGCUGAUGGAGGAAGCAGUGGAGUUUCUAGAGCAAUUGUUAAAGAUAGGUUCAAGACGUUCAAUAUGCAGUUUGAGGAAUUUCAUCAAAAACAAUCUCAGUGGACAGUUCCUGAUACUGAGUUGCGAGAGUCACUAAGACUUGCAGUUGCUGAAGUCUUAUUGCCUGCCUACAGAUCAUUCAUAAAACGUUAUGGGCCUCUGGUUGAGAGUGGAAAGAACCCCCAAAAGUACAUCCGGUACACCGCGGAGGAUCUUGAGCGAAUGUUGGGUGAAUUCUUCGAGGGGAGGAACGUGAACGAACCCAGGAGGUAGAUUUGACAAGUCUCUCGCUCUUUCCGGCUCUCUGUUGAUUUAGCCAACGAUGUGUACCAUCGGUUUUGGUAUCCUGUGGAAUGUUUGUGCCCUUCCCUGUAUAUCGCACAGUGAAUAAGAGGGGUCUGUCUUUCCACAUAUGCUUGUAUAGUCCCUGCUGCUUCGACGGCCCGGCGGCGUUCCAAGUUCAAAUUUUGUAAUUUUAUAAAAUGGGCAGUCGUUUCUUAGCACUUUCAGACCAAAUUAGGGUUCUUUUUGUUCUUGAAUAUUUUCAGUCCAUCUUCAAAUGUAUUUUUUUGACCAGAUUUUUAAAUUCUUCGAGGAAUGGCUAUGAUCUUUUAAAAUCCACUAUCAUUACAUGU